AAACUUCAAAGCAAUUCCCAUCUUCUUUUGCAUUCACAACGCCCACCUUUCAAUGCGCAUUUCCCACAUUGGCGCAAACCUCACAUCGCCAAUAAAUUAUCAUCUAGUUAAGCACUGAUAAGAUCAAAAAUUAAUUCCUUAGGUCUCUUAGUACGAUGACGUAGUCAUGUUUACCUUCAGCUCAUUACAGGGAGCGCUAUCAGAAUCAGCCGCGUCGCAAUCCAUCCUUGAACUAGAUGGAGGUAUCAAGGUCUUAGUUGACGUUGGUUGGGAUGAGUCCUUUGACGUCGCUAAGCUUAAGGAACUGGAAAAACAGGUGCCCACGUUGUCGUUAAUCCUUCUAACCCAUGCCACAACAAACCACAUCGCUGCCUUUGCGCACUGCUGUAAACACUUUCCCCGUUUCACGGCGAUCCCGGUCUAUGCGACAUCUCCCGUUAUUGCCUUAGGUCGUACCCUGCUUCAGGAUCUUUACGCCUCUACUCCCGUUGCUGCCACCACCAUAUCUUCUGCCUCUCUUGAAGAGGUCUCGUACGCGACCCAACAGUCUUCCUCCGAAAUUCUCUUGCAGGCCCCCACUCCUGAGGAGAUCGCGACAUACUUCUCACUAAUACACCCUCUGAAGUACUCUCAGCCGCACCAACCACUCGGCUCCCCAUUCUCCCCUCCCUUAAAUGGGUUGACCAUUACAGCUUACAACUCCGGUCGAACCCUAGGAGGUACCAUAUGGCAUAUACAGCACGGGUUGGAAUCCAUCGUGUACGCCGUAGAUUGGAAUCAAGGACGUGAAAAUGUGUUUGCGGGAGCAGCCUGGUUAGGUGGUGCGGGAGGCGGAGGCGCCGAAAUUAUCGAACAGUUACGAAAGCCGACCGCUCUGGUAUGCAGCAGUAGAGGUGGCGAGAAGACGGCUAUCGCUGGAGGUCGGAGCAAGCGAGACGAACAAUUACUGAACAAGGUUAAGGCUUGCAUUACAAGGGGAGGUACCGUUCUGAUACCUGUCGACUCGAGCGCUCGGGUUUUGGAGCUGGCCUACUUGAUGGACCAUGCAUGGCGAGCGGACGCGACAACAGGCGACGGCCAACUCAAAUCUGCUAAACUCUAUCUGGCGGGACGUAAUAUCCACAGUACCAUGAGAUACGCGCGAAGUAUGCUUGAAUGGAUGGAUGACGGCAUCGUCCGUGAAUUCGAGGCUGUGGUCGAUGGCUCCAGGCGAGUUAAUGGUGUAACAGAUGGUACGAAAUCUGCCAAGGAAGCUGGUCCAUUCGACUUUAGGUUCCUGAAAUUACUGGAUAGAAGGGGUCAAAUCGAGAAGGUCUUUGAUGGCGAAACUGACGAGAGUUCCCCGUCUGGCAGGGUCAUUCUCGCUAGCGACUCUACCCUCGAAUGGGGGUUCUCAAAGGACGUGCUGAAAAGGAUUGCCCAGGACCCGAAAAACAUGGUCAUUCUGACAGAAUAUCCGUCCCUAGCCUCGGAGACACACCCGUCUUUAGCGAGAACUCUAUGGACAUGGUGGAAAGAAAGCCAAGCACACGCGAGUGAGGUUUCAAAUGAUACAAAUUCGCGCGAGCUUGAAUUCACAGAUGCGAAGAGACAGCCUUUAGAAGGGAACGACCUUGCCAUAUAUCAGCAAUGGCUUGCACAGCAGCGCCAGCUUCAAACUACUCUCCAAAGCGGAGUGGCCAACGUCCUUGAAGCGGCCGGGGAUGUAGGCGACGAGGCUUCCGAAUCAGAGUCGGAAUCUGAAGAUUCCGAUAAUGAACAACAGGGUAGGGCUUUAAAUGCUGCCACCACGAUGGGCCAGGCCAGUAGGAAGAAGGCGGCUCUAACAGACGAAGAUCUUGGCAUCAACAUAUUGCUAAAAAAGAAGGGUGUUUAUGAUUUUGAUGUAAGGAACAAGAAAGGAAGAGAUAGAAUGUUUCCGCACCCGGUUCGUCGAAAGCGCGCCGACGACUAUGGAGAGCUCAUUCGACCGGAAGAUUUCUUAAGGGCAGAAGAAAGAGACGACAACGACGCCCAGGAUUUGGCGCAGACGGGGAGGGAUGAAGAGGGGGGGAAACUUGGAAAAAAGCGGAAGUGGGAUAAUGCCGCAUUUUCGGCCAAACACCACGGUUCUGGUCCAUCGAAGAGACCACAUCUGAUUCGUAACGUUACCGACGAGUUUGAACCGGCAUUAUCCGACGGCCCUGUCGAAGAUGAACUCGAUGGGAUUCCCGACGAUCCGGAUGAGACAAAUUUGGGCCCGUCAAAAUUGGUGCUGACGAAGCAGACCGUCGCUAUAAAGCUGGAGGUCGAGUUUAUCGACCUCAGUGGUAUUCAUGAUAAGCGAAGCCUCCAUAUGUUGAUUCCUUUGAUUCAACCUCGAAAGCUCAUUCUCAUCGGCGGAAGCGAGGGAGAAACCUUGACGCUUGCUUCGGAUUGCAAGAAGCUCUUGGCAGAAGGUUCCGUUAGUAUCUACACGCCAAAUGUGGGCGUGACUGUUGAUGCGAGCGUUGACACGAAUGCCUGGGUAGUGAAGCUAGCACCCUCGCUUGUGAAGCAGCUUAAGUGGCAGAACGUUCGCGGGUUAAGCAUUGCGACAGUCACAGGACGAUUGCUUACAAUGCAGAAGGAGCUGGCGGCACGCCGCGACGAGGAAGCUGCGAACAAACGCCUGAAGAUUGAGGACUCGACGGAAUCUCCAACGGAGGCGGAGGAGGUGGCGACGACGGCGGCGGCAGAGAAGAAGGAAGAAUCCGUCGAACCCACUCUUGACGUUCUUCCCUCCAAUAUGGCCUCAGCAGCACGGUCUGUCGCCCAACCUCUACACGUGGGAGAUCUACGGCUGGCGGAUCUCAGAAAGGCCAUGCAGCAGUCGGGCCACACGGCGGAGUUCAGGGGUGAAGGUACGCUAUUGGUAGACGGGUCGGUGGUCGUGCGGAAGACUACGGCGGGACGGAUUGAUGUGGAGAGUAUCGGCCUCCCGACGGAUGGUGGCCCCGCUACCCAGCUCGGUGGCACUUUCUACGCCGUGAAGAAGACUAUUUACGAGAGUCUGGCCGUGGUCGCGGGUGCUUAAUUGAAUGAAUCGCCGGGGUUUAAUGGAUGGUCGUGUGUAUGACUACCUUGUAGGACUAAAUGAGCGCUUGCCCUUAACAUUAAGUCGCAGUAUUUGCCUACCAUAAGAUAAUGUGAGUUGCUCAUGAUGCUACGUCUUAAUUGCCAAAAUGGAGUACAUUCACAGUUUAUUUGUUA